CGAUCUUAUUUCGCCGUCGCCGCCAAUUGCUGCGCCGUCGCGUUCGUUGGGUUUUUCGCGUCGUUGAAUAUUACCAAUCGUCGAUCGGUAUUACGGCAACAACGUUUUUGGUUUUUGCCGGAACCGUCCCUGCAGCUACAUACGCGCACACCAGGCCCGCUGCACCCGCUACAUGCUUCACGUUCGGCCGUUCAAUCUCUCGCCGUUUAGCCGGUCGUCACUUGGUGCCAUUCGCGCCGUUUCCGUCUUCCGCUACUCCACGGCUCUGAACGUACGCACCCUAUACCAGUCGCCGCAGUCCACUACCUAGACCCGGUAGCGAACACCGAUUACCCCUCUCAUUCAACCGCUCAGCAACACCCGGCCGCUUGCGUCAUGGGUUCGUAUCUGAGCAAGCCGGUAACCACCGCGCACUCGCAGGACUUGGAAAACCACCGGUUGGAGUGCGGCGCCAGUUCCAUGCAGGGUUGGCGCGAAUCCCAAGAGGAUGCGCACAACUGUAUACUGGAUUUUGACAAGGACGUGUCGCUGUUCGCCGUGUACGACGGGCACGGCGGUGCUGAGGUGGCGCAAUAUGCAUCUGAAAAUUUACCUGCUCUAGUCAAAAAUGAUUUGUACAAAGAUGGUGAAUACAAAGAAGCCCUCAUAAAGGCUUACUUGGAGUUUGAUGACAGUUUGAUCACAGCACCUGUGGUAGAGAAGUUGACUGCUCUUCGUAAAGCAAAUAACGGAACAGAUAGUGAAGGUGAAGAUAAUGAAAAAGAAGAAGAACUUAACGAGCUUUAUCAAGAAGCAAAUAUGCCAAUCGAAGAAAUAUUAUUAAAAUAUAAAAAUAAAAUAAUAAAAAAAUCAUUAGAAAACAAUGAUAUAGAAGAAUCUGGAGAAGAUUUACCUGGCUCUUCUAAAGAAUCAGAAAAAGAAAAAUCUUCUAGUAGUAGCACUACAGUUGUUGACAUUUUAACUAAAACAAAUGGAACUGAUGAAAAUAAAUCUGAAAUAUUAGAAAGUUCAUCAAUAACUAAUGUAAAUGGUACUUCUAAUGAUGAUGAACAAUUUGAUACUCAGGAGAUUGGUGCUGAAAGUAGUAAAAUUGAAUGUGGCCCUAGUAGCAGUAAUGGGCAAAAUGGUAGUGGACAAAGAUCUGGAACUGCAUGUUUAAUUACUGAUGAUUCUGAUGACACAGAUGAUGACGAUGAAAUUUUUGAAGUUCCUAUUGAAGGGUCAAAUUCAGAAUCUGAUGAUGACGGUGAUGAUGAUGAUGAUGAUGAUGAUGAUGGUGAUGAUGACGACGAUGACGAUGAUAGUAUUUUAAUUGGUGCUGAUGAUGAAGAUGAGGCAGGAAAAGACAGUGGCUGUACUGCAGUUAUGGCUCUUCUAGUAAAAAAUAAACUGUAUGUUGCUAAUGCUGGAGAUUCAAGGUGUGUUGUAUCUAUUAACGGUAAAGCCCAUGAUAUGUCAGAAGAUCAUAAACCAGAAGAUGAACCAGAAUUAAGUAGAAUAACUGCAGCUGGUGGAAGAGUUUCAUCUGAUGGACGUGUGAAUGGAGGUUUAAAUUUAUCGAGAGCUUUAGGUGAUCAUAAUUAUAAGAAAAAUAAUGAUCUCCCAAAUACCGAACAAAUGAUUACAGCUUUACCUGAUGUUAAAGUCAUAGACUUUACUUCUACAUCUAGUAACAGUUUUCUAGUGUUAGCUUGUGAUGGCAUCUGGAAUUCAUUAAGCAGCCAGGAUGUUGUUGAUUUUAUAUCUGAACAUAUCAACAAACCUGAUAUUAAAUUAUCAUCAAUUUGUGAAGAAUUAUUUAGAACGUGUUUGGCGCCUAAUACAUUGAGUGAUGGUACUGGCUGUGACAAUAUGACAUGUAUUAUUGUAAAGUUAAAACCCCAACUAAAACGUCCACACUACGAUGUUGAAGAAGAUGAUAUGUCUGAUGGUGCUGAACCUAAAAAACCUAAAUCAGAUUCAACAUGACGCGAAUAUGAUCUAAUAAAUGUAACCUACUCAUGAAGACAUACGAGCUGUUUGUAUUUGUUUCUGAAAUGCACAGAUACAUGCGACUGAUUUAUGGAUUUAAUUUUUUUUAUUUAAAUGAAAAACAUAAUUUUCUUAUAAUUUUUAAUAUUACAAUUAUUGUAGCUU